AUGCCUACCGUCUUUUCUUUUUUCCCGAUAUUCCGUAACAUUGUCAUUCGGGAACGGAUCGAGAUAGUACAUGGACAUGCCAGUUUGAGCUGCUUCUGUCACGAGGCGAUUUUACACGCAAGGACCAUGGGGCUGCGAACCGUCUUCACGGAUCAUUCCCUGUUUGGAUUUGCGGAAGCUAGCUCUAUUCUUACGAAUAAAUUACUUAAAUUCACCUUAAGUGAUGUCGACCAUGUGAUAUGUGUCAGUCAUACAUGCAAGGAGAACACGGUACUCAGGGCAUCAUUGGAUCCAUUGAUGGUCUCCGUUAUUCCAAAUGCUUUGGUGCCAGAGAACUUUCGGCCAUUGAAUUACGCUGAGCCUCACCAUCAGAAAGAAGAGCUCGUAUCCAAAUCUCCAUCACAAAGUCUGGGACACGAUGAUACGAUCACGAUUGUCGUUAUAUCACGUCUCUUCUACAAUAAAGGGACAGAUCUUCUUAUUGCGGCAAUCCCGAGAAUUCUCGAAGUCCACCCCAAUGUUAGGUUUAUUAUUGCGGGGAGCGGGCCUAAAGCUAUUGACCUUGAGCAGAUGCUGGAAAGAAAUGUGCUACAGGACAAGGUGCAACUCUUGGGCCCAAUCAGGCAUGAGGAGGUGCGCGAUGUAAUGGUUAGAGGGCAUAUUUACCUCCAUCCCAGCUUAACCGAGGCAUUUGGUACGGUUAUAGUUGAGGCCGCCAGCUGUGGUCUAUAUGUGGUGUGUACGCGAGUGGGAGGAAUUCCGGAAGUGUUACCACAGCAUAUGACCACAUUUGCUAAACCGGAAGAGGACGAUCUUGUCCAGGCGACGGGCAGAGCCAUCGCCGCAUUGAGGUCAAACAAAAUCCGCACAGACAGGUUUCAUGAUCAAGUUCGGAUGAUGUACUCCUGGACAGACGUGGCUCGGCGGACAGAACGCGUGUAUCAUGGUAUAUGCGGUGCUAUUAGUGAAGAGGAGUUUUAUGGAUACCUUCCGGGAGAAAGCUGGACAGGCGCAAGAGCUAGGGAGCAUAGCUUUGCGCUUAUCGAUCGGCUCAAGCGAUACUAUGGCUGCGGAAUCUGGGCAGGAAAGCUAUUCUGUCUUUGUGCCCUGAUAGACUUCCUGCUUUAUGUUUUCCUUGAGCUUUGGAUGCCGCGUAGGAAUAUUGAUAUUGCUCGAGAUUGGCCGAAGAAGUUGGUGUAUCGAAGUAGCCAUCGCGAUGAAGCUAGGGGCCACCUCUCAAAUGUAACUAAUCGUCCCUGGGACAGCACCGACAGGAAAUUGUCGCGUUUUGGGUAUUCGGGGAACAAUCGAGUCACCGAAACCCCAGGUGAUGAAAAUGAAGUUGCCAGCUGCGUUGGCAGAUGA